UCGGUCGCACGCGCGCUCAACACGCGCUCAGCUGUAAAAUAAACAGUGCGUACGAGGCUUUACUAAACAACUGAGAUUCUGUAUGCUGUAUACAAACGUUGUACUACAAUCGCUAUUAACGAUGAGCUGGAACCCGCACGAUAGACCUUGUGACAAGGUAGAGAUAAACGAGGCAGUUGGAGAACUGUUAAGGAAUUUUAACUAUGACAACAUUGUGCCUCAACCCUCAAAAGGUGGUGGUUGCAUGCGUCGGGCACACGUGAAACGGCCGAUGAAUGCCUUUAUGGUGUUCGCUCAGGCGAUGCGCAGGCGCCUUUCUGAACAACGACCUUCACUACACAACGCUGAGCUCAGCAAAUCUCUUGGCACCAUGUGGAAGAGUCUAUCUGAUGAUCAGAAAUUACCGUUCGUCAAAGAAGCCGAUAAGCUCCGCACUCAACAUAAGAGAGAACAUCCUGACUACAAGUACCAACCCAGAAGGCGGAAGGCACCACCUACAUCCAGCACAAGGCUUAAACGGGAACAUUCUCCGGAGAGAGAACAUAUUGAUUUUGCUGGAUUGCCAGAUAUUUCGCGUGAUCUGCUGGCCGACGGACCGCCUGACGGCGCCGAAUUAGACCAGUACCUGAAACCAGGUCCGGUGCCUAACUACCACGAACUUCAACCCAGAUUUGCGAGUCAUGGACUCACACAUCACCAACCUCCCCUCUAUGUACCAUCACAUCUGCAUCCACCAUGCCCUGACUGGCAAAACUACACGGGACAUCCGUAAUACAUUGUAUUAUAUAUGCCGGAAUUGUUCAGAGUUAACGAUGUAUAGGGUUAGAUAAAAUUCAUCGGAACUUUAUCGCCAUAUGACUUUUUUAUGUUAAAAUAGGUCAGAUGACUAUCAUGUAAAUAAAUAAUUUUAUACCGCCAUGAUGGCACACGUGCGUUUAAUCACAAACAAACAUAGGUACGCAAACUUUAUAUAAUUAUGAAACUAUUUCUUUAAAUUAUUCUUCAUAAUAUUUCUAUAAAUGUAAUAUCUACGAUACCUACUUACUAUAUAAUACGAAUCUCUAGGGGAAAUAUAUAAUGCCAGUGUUCACACGGGAUUUUACCUACAAUAAUCUACUAAUGACAAUUAAACUCAGAUCCCUUGUUUUCUCAAUUAUUUUGAACCUUUUACUUUAGAUCAAGUAUACCUUUUGUCCUGAUAUCUUUCAAUGUAUGUAAUUUUAAGGAGUACAAUUAAGGUGAUGUUUAAAAGGUUAGGAAUUCUCAAUAUUGUCUCAUUGACUAAUUUCUGAAGCAUCUAUACCCAAUUAACAACUAUGUGAACCUACAGACCUCAAUGUAUUUUAUUAUUUAGUUUUACUAGAAUUAAAUACUUGGACAACUUAUCAGUGAUAAUCUAAAAUUAAAAUAUUAUCUCAUCUUUCCAAAUGAUUUAAUGGUAUUUAAAUGUCAACAAGCAAAUCAGUGUUGUGUCUACGGCCUACACGUGUUAAUGAUUUUAGUUUUAUGGAUAAAAUACUUACUAAAAGUUAUUUUUUUUAAUUCCUCGUGUUCCAAAGUUAAUUAAGAAUAUAACAUUAUUAUGAAUCAUUAGUUACAUAAGUUGUAACCAAUAAGUUAUUAUUGUGAUUAAAUAAUAUUA